CUAGGGCUAGGGUUUACAGUUUUUACGGUCCAAGAGCUAUGGAGGUCGAGGAGCGCCAAAGCGAGCUCGUGGAGCAGUUCGUGAUGCUCGCCAAGAGCGCGCGGGGCCGGGCGGCGGCGGAGCUCAUCGCGCACGCAACCUCACAUCCGUCGCUCUUCGCCUUUGCGGAGCUCCUGGCGAUGCCGCACAUCGGCGAGCUUCAAGGCACUGAGCAUUCGAGCUCGCUAGACGUUCUCAAGCUCUUCGCUCACGGCACUUGGAGCGAUUAUAAGUGCAAUGCCUCUAACUUGCCGCAGCUUCUUCCACAACAGCAGCUAAAGUUGAAGCAGCUCACCGUUCUAACUCUUGCCGAGACCACGAAGGUUCUUCCAUACGAUCUUUUGAUGCGGGAACUGGAUGUUUCGAAUGUAAGGGACCUGGAAGAUUUGCUCAUCAACGACUGCAUGUACGCUGGCAUCGUAAGAGGGAAGCUCGAUCAAUGUCGUCGCUGUUUUGAAGUGAGCUUUGCCGCUGGGAGGGAUUUGAGGCCCGGUCAGCUGGAGAACAUGAUGCAGACUCUGGAAAACUGGCUGGCAAAGUCGGAAUUCCUUCUCAGCAACAUCCAAGAGAAGAUCAAGUGGGCGGAUGGAAUGAACGAGAGUGACAAACGGCACAAGAAGGAAGUGGAAGAGAAACAAGAGGAAGUCAGGAAGAGUGUCAAGGCCGAGCUCGAACUUCGCGGCCACCAGGAGCUCGCGUACAUGGAAUCCGGCCCACUGGUUGUAAACUACAUGGACGAAGAGCGUGCUCGACCAAAGAGAAGGCGAUAGAAAUUUUUUCCAGGAAGAAGAAAAAAAGAGAGACUCGCUCGUUCGUACUACCUAGGCUGCUCUAGCUGAAUUUUUGGAAAACCUUUCUAUGGCUCUAAAAUUCUUUUCUAAGUUUGAAAAUUGGCGGGAA